GUGAAAAAUAAGCCAGAGCUCGUGGGCGCUGGGAAAUGCAUCCCGCAAGCUUUCAAUUGGCUGCCCGUUGGUCCAAUCAGCUCUUGGGGCCCCAGGCGCAGGGGCGCAUGCUGCGCGCACGCCCCUCCCCUUGCGCCGCCUCGCAGCCCCACCACCCACCACCCAUGGCCAACCACAGUGGGUGUUAAUUUCCGAAAAACCAGUUUGACUCGACCGACCAGAGCGGGAGGGCUAUAUUCCGGCUGGCAUUCCAAUUGGAUUGGGUGCGUAUUGCUGGACUGCUCUAACAGCUGCCCGAAAAUCAACUAAGAGCAGCCAUUUUCUUCUGGCCAUCUUGCUCGCACUCAUGGCCUACGCCGAACAAAACACACCACUUCCGCCGAAACUCACCACGAGCCAGCACUAUGGCCGUCCUGCUUUAUCUCAGGGCCUGCCGGAUGAACCGCUAUUGCGGGAAACCAGUUUGCCGUCGCCCUCGCACACGCACGAUCGCCGGAAACCCACAGCGAGUUGGAAUUUCAGGAGCUGCUGGCAUUUCAGUCCUGCUGCGCAUCUCGAAACGUCAAGUCUUGGCGCGCGAUUCGAAAACGUAACACGCAACGCUCUUUGAGACCGCGCGCGAGUGCUUAGAGUUUGACCAAAAAUAAAUAAGUUAAAAAUACACAAAUUAAACAUAUUAAACAAAUACCAAGAUAGCGAAAUAAGCUCACAGAGUGCAGAAGGAGCCAAGUGUCGUGACCUCAGUGCGGUGAUGGGCUCCCUGGCCUGAAUCGAAAACUAAAACUUAUUGUAUCAAAACACAUAGCAAACACACAUAGAAAACGUGCAAAUCAUAAAUAAAACUCUCUUAAAAUGAUGAUGAACGCCUUUAUUGAGCCGGCCCAGCACCACCUGGCCAGCUAUGGGCUGCGCAUGUCGCCGAACACCACCUCCAGCAGCAGCAACACGCAGCAGCAACAACAACAGCAGCAGCAGCAGCACGAGAUUGUUGCCCAGCAGCAGCAGCAGCAGCAACAACAGCAGCAGCAACAGCAGCAGCAGCAGCAACAGCAACUGGAGGGCAGUGCCGACUCCGCGGCGGCCACAGCGGCGGCCUACCAGAACUCUGGCUACGGACACUUCAACAGCUAUGCCUCCCGGGACUUUCUGCUCGGACGCCGGGACUCGGAAUACGGCGUGGCCGGCAGCGCCGGACAGGCCACUGCAGCGGCGGACUCCAUGAUCUUCUCCAGCUUUCCCGCCCAGGCAGCCGAGCUGAGCACAGGCUUUGGACAGCACCCGUUCCACAGCCACCAUCAUGCGGCGGCGGCGGCACACCAUCAUCAGCACCAGAUGCGGAUGGGAAUGGCGGACGCCUAUGCCGCGGGACACCCGUACAACCAUCACGGCAACUUCCCGGCGGCAGCAGUGCACCACCCUGCCGUGCAUCAUCCGGCCCACCAUGCCAUGUCCGCCAUGCAUCCCGCGGGAGCCGGGGCCUUCCUGCGCUACAUGCGACACCAGCCGGCCUCGUCCGCCUCCAGCAUCAAGCAGGAGAUGCAGUGCCUCUGGAUAGAUCCUGAUCAGCCGGGCCUGGUGCAGGCUGGCGGGCGCAAGACCUGCAACAAGGUCUUCCACUCCAUGCACGAGAUAGUGACCCACCUGACGGUGGAGCAUGUCGGCGGUCCAGAGUGCACCACCCACGCCUGCUUCUGGAUCGGCUGCUCCCGCAACGGACGCCCCUUCAAGGCUAAAUACAAGCUGGUCAAUCACAUCCGCGUCCACACCGGCGAGAAGCCCUUCGCCUGCCCGCAUCCGGGAUGUGGCAAGGUGUUUGCCCGGAGCGAGAAUCUCAAGAUCCACAAGCGAACGCACACCGGCGAGAAACCGUUCAAGUGCGAGCACGAGGGCUGCGAUCGGAGAUUCGCCAACUCCUCGGACCGGAAGAAGCACUCCCAUGUCCACACCUCGGACAAGCCCUACAAUUGUCGCAUCAACGGCUGUGAUAAGUCCUACACGCAUCCCUCCUCGCUGCGUAAGCACAUGAAGGUGCAUGGCAACAUUGACGAGAAGAGUCCAUCCCAUGGCUAUGACAGCGAGGGCGAGGAGAGCUCCAGCUCGAGCGUCAUCACCGGCGGGGCACAGACGCCACCCUCCACCCGCCUGGACGGCAGUGCCGGCAGCAGCAGCGGCGUGAGCAGCCUCAGCGGCGGCAGCGGCAUCAAGUCCUCGCCGCACUCCAUCAAAUCGGAACCAAAUCCGAUGCACAGCGUCCAUCUGGGGGCCUCCAGCAGCGGCAGCAGCAGCACGGCCAGCAGCAGUGCCUCGCACUUGUUGCAGCAGCAGCAGCAACAGCAACAGCAGCAGCAACACCAGCAGCAGCAACAGCAACAGCAGCAGCAACAACAGCAACUGUCCGCCCAUCCCAGCGACUCCAAAUCCUCGCCCGCCCUGCAACUAAUGGCUGCCUCCGCCUCCGCGUACCUGCCGCCCCCAUUGGGUCCACCGCCGUCGCAUCACCACCACCAUCAUCAUCAUCACCAGGCAGCGGCAGCGGCUGCGGCAGCAUCUCCCGGGGCAGCGGCCGCCUCUGCCUCGAUGCUGCACCACAACCAUCACCUGUUGUACCACCCGGCGGCGCAGCAUCACCCGCCCAGCGACUGGUAUCACACCGCGGCGCCGAGUGGCACGGCGGACGCCAUGAACCCGCUGAACCACUUUGGGCACCAUCACCACCACCACCAUCUGAUGCAUCCCGGGGCGGCGACAGCGUAUUGAGAGUGGGAGAACUGGUGGCCCGAGGAGCCGCCAAUGCCGCCGCCGCCACCGCCACUGCCGCCAAGCUCCCAGCCGU